AGAAAAAAAAAAACAGAGAGAAAAAACCGGCCCACACUACAAGUCAGCUUAGUUAAUAAACCGAUUAUAAAUCUAAAACCAGCGAUGAACAAAAUUGGAAUGUUCCCUCACUUACCCGUUCUUGUCAACAAAAGUGCACUGUUUUUGUCACAUUUCAAUACCAACACCAAACAAAAAGACAUACAUAACUCUCUCUAACUAACUGCCGCACCACUAGUGCACUUUGUUUACGACUCUGACUCUAUAAACUAAUCAAACGCAACACACAAACAAAAACACAAUCAAUCUGAGAUUAUUAUUUCUCAUUUUCUCUCUCUCUAAAUUCUCCGUCAAAAAACCCAACCAACAUGGCUGUCGGAUUCGGGUCAUCCGAAGAUGUAUCCGGUUUCAAAUUCCUUUUCCUUAUGACGAUUGUGUACGGUCUUAUGUCUAUGCUUACAUACUCAGUCAUUCACAUGAACUUCAUCAAUCCACUUCAUAUCGAUGCUCCUCGAGAUCAAUUUUCUGAAGGUAGAGCUAUCCAACAUGUUCGAAUGUUGUCUCAAGAGAUCGACGGUCGUCAAGAAGGGCGUCCUGGUUUGAAAAAAGCUGCUGAUUACAUUAAGACUGAGUUGGAAUUAAUUAAGGACAGAGCUACUUCUAAUGUCAGAAUUGAGAUUGAAGAGAGUACUGUUAGUGGAUCCUUUAAUAUGAACUUUUUGGGUCAUUACAUUGCUUUGGGAUACAGAAAUCAUACUAAUAUUAUUAUGAGGAUAUCAUCUAUAGAUUCUAAAGAUACGGAUCCAUCGGUUUUAGUAAACGGACAUUUUGAUAGUCCCCUUGGUUCUCCUGGUGCUGGUGAUUGUGGUUCAUGUGUUGCUUCAAUGCUGGAAAUUGCAAGACUAAUUGUGGACACUAGUUGGGUUCCGCACCACCCUGUUAUUUUCCUUUUUAAUGGUGCUGAGGAACUUUUCAUGUUGGGUUCACAUGGAUUCAUGAAGACAAAUAAAUGGAACAACACGAUAGGAGCUUUUGUAAAUGUGGAGGCAUCUGGGACUGGAGGCCCUGAUUUAGUAUGCCAAUCUGGACCAAGUUCUUGGCCUUCUAAUAUCUACGCAGAAGCAGCAAUAUAUCCUAUGGCUACUAGUGCAGCUCAGGAUGUUUUUCCUAUUAUUCCCGGUGAUACAGAUUACCGAAUAUUUUCCGAAGACUACGGCAGUAUUCCCGGGCUUGACAUUAUCUUCCUCCUUGGUGGUUAUUUUUACCAUACCUCAUUUGAUACAGUGGAGCAACUAUUACCUGGAAGCAUCCAAGCACGUGGAGAAAAUUUGUUCAGCAUAAUCAAGGCUUUUAGUAAUUCUUCUAAGUUACAAAACACAUAUCAAACAAAUUAUAGUGAAGCUAGAGCUAGUUUAUUCAACGAAGAGCGAGCUAUAUUCUUUGAUUAUCUCUCAUGGUUUAUGAUAUUUUAUUCCAAAAGGGUAGCUAAAAUUCUUCACAGCUUUCCCAUCUUCUUGUUCUUUGUCAUGCCUUUUACGCGUGGUCGGUUCAGUUCCUGUUUGUCAACUUUGUGUGAUUUUGUGAAAGGAUUUCUGUUACAUGCAGUUGGGAUUAUAUUGGCAAUUAUUGUGCCUGUUGUGUUUUCUUUGCUAAGAUUACUGUUCACUUCUCAGACGAUGAAUUGGUUUGCUCAUCCAUUUUUGGCUUUCUUGAUGUUUAUACCCUGCGCACUCGUCGGUCUUAUAAUCCCAAGAAUUAUCUGGAGACAUUUUCCUCUUUCUCAAGAUCCCGCAAUUGUCAAGAGAUCAAAAGAGGCACUAUCCGAUGAAGCAAGGUUUUGGGGAGCAUUUGGUUUCUAUGCCUUAUUAACUUUGGCAUAUCUUGUAGCUGGUUUAAGUGGAGGAUUCGUGACUUUUGUUGCGUCUGCUUCCAUGCUUCCUUCAUGGAUAUCCUUCUGCUUAUCAGUCAAAUCCUUCGGACGACAUUCAUUCAGGUCAACAAUGUUUUACAUAUUACCCCUUUUUCCAUGCCUUUCAUACGCUGUUUAUUUUGGUGGCUUUCUUGCUCAAUUUCUGAUAGAGAAGAUGGGCAUGAUGGGUUCUCUUCCUCUACCAUAUGGGUACUAUGUUCCGGAUAUUAUUGUGGCAGCAGUAAUUGGACUUAUAACUGGUUGGUCUGUGGGCCCUCUAAUGCCCAUUUGUGGUCGUUGGUUAGCAAGGUCAUCUAUUUUGCGAUUUCUGCUGCAUCUUAGUCUGCUUGGUUUAGCGAUAUCUUCUCAGUUCUUUCCUUACUCCACGUCUGCACCUAAGAGAAUUGUUUUUCAGCACACUUUCCGAACUACAGGCGUGAGUCAGAUAACGGAAUCCACUUAUGAUUUAUCUGUACUAGAUUCCAAUUCUUUACUAUUCAUUUUCAAACACUCACCUGAAGUAGCAAAAUUAUUGAAUGUUACUUCGGAUUUUUCACUUGAAUCUGCAUCACUGUCUAAACGCCACGAUUGGAUGGUAAUUUUUCCCGUUUCUUCUCUCUUUUCAAAUAGUCUGAAGUUCCCUGCAAAAGAGGAUGAUAUUGUGAAGCAAUAUGAAUUCUUUCCCACAUUGUCUGUUCAAAAUACAUCUUCAGAUUCCGAAAAGGGACAUAGAAGAGUUCACUUGGAGUUUUAUUUAGGUUCCUUAGAAGAGAUCUGGGUUGCAGUUCUUAACAUCACCGGUCCAUUAUCUAGUUGGUCAUUUGCAGAUAAUGCGCUUCCAGGAACCGAAGCCUAUGGUGGUGGUCCACCAUCAUAUAUAUUACGACUUAGCGGACCGAGCGACAGGAAUUGGUCUUUCUGGUUAGAGGCUAACAGCUCUGAAGCAUUGAGAGUGGAGCUUUCAGUUUUGGACCAAAAGUUGGUUGAUCCCGCGAAGAGAUUGAAGAAUCUUUUCCCUAAAUGGGUUGAUGUAGUUGCUUAUUCUAGUUUCAUUUCUUGCUAUACCUUUUAAUAGUGAUUAAAUUUGUAUAGGAUAGUCAUAGACUCAUAGCCAUAGGAAUUGGUAGAAUAAUUAAGUUAGUUUAUAUCGCUAACCUAUUUCCAGCACAGGAUUUUGAUGUUUAUUUUAUAUCCAAAUUUUUAGACGAAACAAGUAACUUGGUAUUUAUAGAUGCAGAAUCCUAACAAAAAUUCGAUGUUAUGAAAUGCCAUAAAUCUCUGCUGAAUUCUAAUA